AUGGAUAUUCACCGCUCUCGAUUCGUGGCGUACCCGUCAUCGGCCAUCAAUGCGCUUUCAUUUUCUCGUUCCAGCGACAAAAACUAUACGGAUCCUAGACCUGCGCUGAAGCUCGCCCUCGGUCGUGCAAAUGGAGACAUAGAAAUCUGGAGCGCCGAUAAAGGAGACUGGGUUCAAGAGUCGGUCUUUCCUGGAGGUUCAAAGAGAAGCGUAGAUGCUUUGGCAUGGAUUCAAGAGCCGGACGACACAGAUUACGAGGGACACACAAUUCUCGGCCAACUGCGCCUGUUUAGCAUUGGCUCGACAGCAGCUGUGACCGAGUGGGAUCUGCUGACAGGAAAAGAGCUGCGCUCGUCGACUGGCAACUUCAGCGAGGUGUGGUGUUUUGCCGCCCAACCGCGAUGGCGACCCAGCAAGGCCUCGCGUGAGGACGAGUUCCGUGGCCAGAACUUGGUCGCUGGCACAGGCGACGGCACCCUUGCCAUUCUCUCGACCGAAGACAACGACCUUGUCUUCAAGCGAUUCUUGGCCCGUGGCGGAAACCGCAAGACUCGAUGCAUGAGCGUGACUUGGAAGGACAGAGAUACAGUCGUCGCCGGCUUCACCGACAGCACGAUCCGUAUCUACGACGCUCGCAACGGUUCUCUUUUGCGCAACCUCAGCUUGGGAGCAGGCAUUCCUGGUGCCCCUCGCGACACUUUGGUCUGGAAGGUCAGAUGUUUGCCCAAUGGCGACAUUGUGUCAGGCGACUCGAAUGGUCAGCUCAAGUUCUGGGAUGGAAGAACAUACACCUUGUCGCAAAGCGUGCACGGUCACGAUUCCGACUGCCUGGAUCUCGUCAGCAGCACUGACGGUACUACUGUCUUCUCGGGUGGCAUGGAUGGUCGCAUUGCUGUAUACAAGCUCGGCGGCAAAGAGGGUGAAAAGAGAAGGUGGGCAAAGACCAGCCACCGUCGCAUGCAUGAGGGUGAUAUCAAGGCAAUGGCCGUCUACGACUCCAAGCACAUGAGUGUCGUUCUCUCCGGAGGUCUCGACACCACGCCCUUCGUCAUCCCGCUCCGCAACUUCAACAAAGAGAACCACCGCAGACUCCCCGGUCUACCUCAGAACCCCGUCCUUGCUUCUUGCCCGCAACAGCGUUUGCUUGUCAGCUGGGCUGAGAGCGAAAUCAGCAUCUGGCGCAUGUACAAGCAGAGUCCUGAGCGCAUUCCCGUACCAGAAGACACCAGAAAGCUCCUCACCCGCAUUCAAAUCGACUCGAAAGAAGCCAUCACCUCUGUGGCCAUCUCCCCCGAUGCUUCCCUCCUCGCCGUUUCUACCGUUGAUUCUGUCAAGCUGUUCCACCUCUCCCGCACCGAAGACGACCGCGAAGACCGAUUACGUGUACGCAAGAUUGCCGCUCCCGAAACCAUCGCUGAGAACGGUGCCCGCUUGAUCACAUUCUCACCAGAUGGAAGAUGGCUGGCAGCAGUGACACCACAAAGCGAAGUCUGCCUGGCAAGAGUAGAGGAUGAUUCGGACAAGCCCACUUUCUUGGACGCAAACGUCGAAAUGGAGCGUCAGACUCGUAAAGUCACAAUUCAGACAGGUCUCAAGAAGUACGAGCGCACCAUCAACAGGAUCGCUUUCUCGCCCGACAGCGCUGUUCUGGUUGCAAGUGAUCUCUCUGGUUACCUUGACAGCUGGGUCCUCGAGGGUCGCUAUGAUUCAACUGCUCCUGCUAUGGACACUGCCACAAAAUCCUCCUCUGGCUCCGACAAGGGCACUUCUUCUGACGAUGACAGCGACAGCGAUGACGAGGACGAAACCACAGUCUUCUAUGGUCAGCAUUGGACAGAUAACCCGUCAGGCAAUCUCUUGCCCAAGCUGGAUUCCGCCCCCCUUGUUCUGUCUUUCCAACCACUCUCACCAGCACAGCAAGAGGAACCUACCACCAAUGGCAACCCUGGUGUUCACCCCACACGCAACAACCCUCAUCCUCAAUCCCACGCUCUCCCAUCUACCAAAUCUCCUCUUUUCGUUGUCACAUCUCACCACCAAGUGUACACAUUCGAUGUCUUGACUGGUCGCCUAACAGACUGGUCGCGUAGAAAUCCUACGAGUGUUCUGCCAGCCGAGUUCCAGACAAUCAAGGAUCGUGCCAUGGGCGUGGUAUGGGACAUCAAUGAUGCUCGCGCUCGUGCCUGGCUAUAUGGUGCCAACUGGGUCGGUAUGCUCGACUUGUCACAAAACUACGAACCCUCUAGCGUCAAGAAGCGCAAGCGUCGCGAGAGCAACAAAUGGGGCAAGCUCGCCGAGCAGCGCAAGAAAGCAAAGGGUAUGGGUGGUGCUGGUGACAAGGCAGCAAGUGGAGAGACAAAGGGCGUUGUCGACGAGAUCCGCCGUAUCGAGGAUGGAAAGGCCAUCGAAUUCACAAAUGGCACCUCCCACGAGCAAGACUUGGACGACGAGGAGGCACUAGACGACGCAGUGGGUCCUCUACGUCGCGGCAAUGACGAUACAGAAGUAGAUACAAAUGGCGGUGCUGAUGGUGCUCUGGCAGUCACUUCAACAGGCCGAAGAAAAUGGUGGUGCACAUACAGAUACAGACCUAUAUUGGGCAUGGUGGCCAUGGGCGAAAAGACAUCAGAUGCAGACGACGAACAGCCUGAAGCCGUGCUGGUGGAGCGUCCGCUAUGGGAUCUGCCACAACUACAAGAGCUGGGUAAAUAA